CACAACCUGCCUUGAAACCCAGCAGUUAUUGGACCCCGCAAACGUUCUUAUAUGAUUGGCUACGACUGGUGAACGGCUUAACUACGACACUUACCAUUCUCGUCUCAGGCAUGUCGUAGCCGCCCAUUGCAUGAGUCGGAAAGAGAUCGAAAACAUCCAAAAUUACUGCAUCCUCAGCGCUGCCCCGAUCUCACUUCAGAUUGUUCCAUCUUUAUCGCUUGCUUCGCCAAGUCACAAUCAACACUACUAGAUAGACUCCACGACGGCUACGGAAUAGCCUCGCGCUUGCCCACUAAACUUGUAGGAUCUCUGUUGCACCUGGCCCCGAACUCACCCUACUUUUCUCAAAUUAUCUGGAAUCCUCAUACUGCUAUAAAUGCCUAUGAUUCUCUGCUCAUGACCGACAUUAAUACUGCUUCCCUCUGCGAGAGGAUAAUUCGCACUGAUUUUGGGCCCCUUACAGGCACUGUUGCUUCUGUGCUUCUCACUCGCGGACGACUCCCUCUUUCUCAAAUUAUUCGCUUCUCCAAAUUAAGGCCUCGAAGUGUUCGUGGUGCAAUCAUUGUUCUUGUUCAGCAUAACCUUCUCUGGCAUGCUGAGACAGACAUUGACGGGGAAGUUGUGGAAGUUAAUGUCGAGGAGUGUCUCAUGCGGAUGAGGUAUGGGAAAUACGUCUGGUUUGCUGAGCAGCAUUUUGGGAAGGCGGCUGCAGAAGUUGUUCAACUGAUAUUAGACAAUGGCAAGCUACGACCACCGGAGAUUCUUUCGUAUCUCUCACAGCAUGAUCCUGUCAAAGGUCCUACCCUGUAUUCUCAAGCUCUUCACAAGCUAGUAGAAACGCAUUACCUGAAACCUUCCACCAUUCUCUCCCAUAUAUCCCCUCGGGACAAGCGAAUCAGGUACGAGACUGAAGAAAAGGCGAGGAUAUCCGGAUUCCCCACCGCCAAACAAGUGCGUGAAGCGAAGGAAAUAGCGGAAGUGAGGCUAAAACGGGAAGAGGAAGAGGCGGAGAAAGUGGGCAUGAAACGCAAAGCCAAAGAUCAGCUUGCUGGGAAGUCAUCAAAGCGCAAAGCCUUGGAUGAAGACGUUGUCGACGAUGAUGUUUACUUCCGUGUUAACUGUGAAAAAUUCAAUAUCCUUAUUCGCAACCAGAUCAUCGAGGAAGCUGCAAAAGAACGAUUCAACCACCAAGCGGGUACGGUUAUUCGAGCCAUCCUGAAAGCAACAGAACCCAAACAGCUGCAUUUGGCCGACGUUCGUUCAGAUCCUACAUCUUUAGGAGAUGUGGCAACUCAUCUAUCCGAUGAAGAGGAUUUAGCAGAAGGCUUUGUCCUACCACCUUCGAAGAAACCGUCGGAGAUGACUCUGCUAAAGGACUAUUGUGGUAUCUUAGCUUCAGCAGACAACCCCACACCUGCCGGUCAGGCCGCAUCCUUCAUCUCGCUGAACGGGUCUAAAGUCCAGGUGGAGUUCGACAUUAUCGGUAGAAGGCUGAAGAGACGUGUUUUGGAGGCUGUUGCGCGAGAACGCCACGGCGACGCUGCUGUUCGAAUCAUUAGACUACUACUACAGACAGGAAAAAUGGACGAGAAGCAGAUAUCGAAAAUCGGAAUGAUGUCGCCUAAGGAGUCGCGACCACUUCUUGGCGCUCUAUCGGCUGAGUCCUUGAUCAGCAUCCAAGAGGUCCCCAAGAGUGCAGAUAGGAACCCUGCGCGCACAUUCUAUCUAUGGCAUGUCGACCUGCACAAAACGUACACGGUAUUAGUGGGUACACUCUACAAGACGCUCCACAACAUUGGCUCACGACGACAAGCGGAAGAGGAGGAACCUGUCGUCAAGGCUGUUCUGGAGAAACGCCAGCGAACAGAUGUUAUGCAAGAUGAGGAGAGGCUGCUAACGAGAAACGAACGAGAGGUCCUUGCACAAUGGGAGAAGAAGAGAGAGAAGUUGACCGUUCUUGAGCAGCGGGUAGAGGAAGGUGUAUUUAUUCUGCGAGACUUUGGAUCCCCCGGAAUAAAUGAUGAGUGAUCAUUUCUUACCACUCGAAAGUUGUGAGAAUGCUUAGAGGAUGCUUGGACGAAGCGGAUACAAAAUGAACUAGCUGAGCCGGA